AAUCAACAGAAUGCAAACAACGAAUGAAAUUUACAGAGACGUUCCUUGUAUAAAUAUAAUACUGCGGUCAGACAGCACUAUGAAAUCCACUCAGUAUAAUUGUACACAGAAAGAUGACAGUCAGAAUGAGAAUAAGAAUCAGAGUUCUCCUCAGAGAAGAUAUGAACAAAUUAAUAUAAGCACGGAGAAACAAUUCCAUUCAUUGCCAUCUGUUAAAGCCCAAUGUGAGUCCACAUUGGUUUUUAAUAAUAUUCAAACGAGUCCUUACAUGAGCGAUGAGUUGCCUUCUUAUAGUAUUAAAUACUCUAAUGAAGUACCAGAUAUUGCUAAAAAUCCAAUCGAACUGGUUAGAAAGAAGUUGAUGUAUUCUGAUAACGAUACAAUGAUUAUGGAUACAAGAAUGGUUAGCACAAAGCUGACAGAAGAUUCAAAUGAAGAUGGUAGAGUUGUAGCAGAUGUUAAUAAAACUGAACAAAAGAUUGCAGAUCAUAUUAGGUAUUAUAGAGAAGCAGCAUGGGAAACUUUACCAGUAACAAAAUUAGAAAAGGCUCCAGGAAGAGUGUAUGAAGGUGAAAUAACUUCUACGAGAUCGAAAAGAGCUGAAGAACUUUUAAAAAAAGAUAUCUCGACUUUCGUAGGAGCAAAUUCACAAGCAGAGCAUGAUCAGUUAGGAUAUUUAUGCAGUUGUAAUAAAUAUGAUCAAAAAUAUAAAGCACCGUUUAAGUAUGAGAAAGAUAUAUUUGAUAAAAUUGUAUCUAAAACUAUUGAUACCGGUGAAAAAGAAGAGAAUUGUUGCACUAAUGUUGACCGUGAUUCGAUUAAUCGUACUGCAUUAAAUGUAGAACAAGAACUUAAAUCUAGUAUAAAUUAUAAUUCUAUGGGGUAUUCUAAGUUUAAGAUGGGUCAAGAAACCAAGUAUGAAAAUUUCAUUGAAGGCAAUGCAGUUAAAUUUUUUACCAGCACACCGAAACAAAAAAGUGCGGUUUCUAAAGGUUUAUUAACUGCAAAUAUUCCAAGUUAUUGUUCUAACAUAAAUUGUGAUUCGAGUAACUAUUCUACAAUCAAUUUCAGAUCAGUAAAGCCUGUUGAUGAUUCUAACACUAAAAUUUCUUAUCGUAUUGCUCCAGAAAAUGAAACUGUUUCCCAAAACGUGACGAAAGUUCCCAAUUGUUGCACGAACAAAAAUUGUGAUCCCAUUCAUCGUCGUUUAGCAGGGCGAGGAACUAAAUGCGUGAAUUCGACAGUAAGCUGCAAAUCAAUUGGCACAGUCACUGACAAUUCCUUGUUUACAGACAAGAAUUUGUAUCACACUAGAUUUGAACAGGGAUCUAAAGCAGCAGCCAACACUACAAUGAACAUACUUGAAGGAAUGCUAGUGGGAAUAAAAAACUAUAAUGAUAAGUACAAGAUAAAGUAUGGCAUGCAAAAUUAUCCGCAUAGUAGUGUAAGUCGUAAAAAUAUUGAUUGCAAUGUAGCGGCAAACAUAAAUUCAGUGGACUGUAUGAGGCCAGAAUGCAUAAGAAUGCUGGAGGAGAUCAAAGAGUGCACAAAAACAUUGGAAGAACAGCUGACUAUUAUGAACAAAAAUAUAAAAGCUAAGAAAAGUAGACAGCGGAAAGAUAUAGUUACGCAGGAACCAGAGAAGGAAAAUAUUUGCAUACAAGAGCCUAGCGUCAAAGAUUUUAAAUUUGUUAAGUGUACUCAUGUGGAUUUGAAACUAAAUAAAUUGCCAGACAACCUUUUGCAACAAAGUAAUAAAGAAAUUAAGAAGCUAGAAAAUGUUCAUGGAGAAACUAAAUGUUGCAAUGAACGAGAAAAAAUUUACAGAACUAAGAAAAUGUUUCACAGAUCCGAAAACAAAGAUAAGUUCAAUACAGAACAGUCGUACACCUUAAAAACUGUAGAAAAUACAAAUUACACCUCUGAUUCUUCAAAUUUCAAACCACUUAUAGCCUCCACAAGCAACGACAAAAAUUUAUUAAGCGAAAAGAUGUGUCUCUGUCCUUUUCCUGAUCAGACAAGUAUCUUUUCCAAUAGAAAUUUGAUAAGACUACAGGAAAAAAGGAUUAAAUUAAGUGGAUUAAUAAGCCACCCUUUAAAGAGAGAAGAUCGUACCGUUAGUUUAGGAAACAUAGAACGGUUACAGGAAUGUUGCAAUCGUUCAGAGAAGACUAUUACAAUGUUAUUUUUAACUAGAGGGGUGAACAACUCGUAUUUAAAGUCCAGGUACAAAAGGAUGGAAUUGGAAAAUUUUAAACCUAAAUGCUUAAUAAAUAAAAUUAAUAGUAAAAGCGAUGAAAUAUUAAAGAAGCGCAGAAUGCAAGUGCCUACAAUGUUCAAACAGUUGAAGCCUGUAAAGUGUAAAAUUGAAAAGUGUUUAGAAUCGACAGAGAAUACUGAAAAUAUUUGCAGUCAUAUUAGAAGUCAAUCAAAUUGUAAAAUAUCCAAUUUGUGGACGACUGCUUGCACACAAUCGUCCAAUUUGUACAUCACAUCUGCCACCUCAGUUUCUCGUGUUAGUUUCGCAAGCAAUUUAGAUAAUUGCGCUAAAGAGAGAGCAGACAAAUCUGGCAUAUGUGUAUUAAGUUAAAAGUAAAGUGAAAUUUAUGGUAUUUAUAGUAUUAAGAGGAAUUUGUCUUAAGGGUUUAGUUUUUAGCUUAUUCGAAGUAUUUGUACAAAUAAAAAAUGUCAAUUGUCGCCGAACGAAGACUGAACUUGUAUUUGUGAAUAAUUAUUUUAUAAAUUCGUGGUAAACGAAUUUACAGUACUAAUACUAUAAAGUAAGAAGGAAUAUGUUUAAUGUGUACGAUGAUGUUUAAUAGCUUAAUCUGUGAACAUGGAAACUGUAGUAAUGGCCAUAAUCUGGAGGAAUAAUUGUACAUGUUGAACGAAUAAAUUAUAAGACUAUAUUAAAGUAAUUGUUACUGUAUAGUAGCCAUGACUGAUAGAUUAAGGGCGUAGCAUAUUUUCUAUUGUACUAGGUUUUAUAUUUACUUGUUCAGCAAAUAAUAACGUAAUUUGUUCAUGGAAUAAGAAAAUGAAUUAAACUGUACUCUUUCAGACACAGUUAUCUUUUUCGAAGUAAAAACCUAAGAAAGUUGAUUUAAGAAUAUUUCAUAACCACGAGAAAAAGGUCUAUUAGGUAUCGUAAUACUUCAGCUACCGGGAGAUUAUUAAUAUUAGCUUUUCAAUGAUUCAACAAAUUCGAACUUAACGUUAAUAUCCUUUUACUAUUAGAAUUAAAGCAAAUUAAAUUUUUCAAAAACUGAACUGAGGGUUUAUGUUGAGUAAAAUUGCUGUUAGAGACACAGUGUAGCCAGAGAUAAUUUAUUGAUUUCUGAAUAAAGUUGCUCUCGUUAUUAAGCAAUCUAUGAAAAAAUUCAUUGAAGUACUAUUAAAUAACCACACAUCAGUAGAUAAUGUAUUAAAAUUAUUUGUCCAUCAGCGACAAGUCUAAAGAAAUAGAAUAAACAAUAUCCAAACGAUUUGUAUGUUCAGUUUUUAAUAGUGUUUCUCCUUCGUAUUCAGUAAUUUAUUAUAUAUCAUUCUUUUAUUCCUUUACACAUACGUUUAUGAUCUCGAUGAUCGUACGAAACGUUGAACAUGUAAACUAGGUAAUUACAAAUAAUAAAAAUAAAAAGCCUCUCGAUAA